CGGCGCGUAGAAGAGAUUGCCUUUUGUAAGAAUGCCUCAAAUGAUGGCAGAGGCGUUCGCGAGAGGAUUGCUAGACAAGAUAAUGGUAGAAGUUCUGGACGUUAUAGAUCGCGAUGCAGAGGAUGGAAAAUCCUGGGAGCAGCACGUCACUGAGGAAACAGGCGAUGCUCAACUGGAACAUGUACACGGUAGACCGCAAGCAAACGAACAUACACACAUACAUUAUAGCAAGGCCGAGGAAAUAGAAUUGAUUGCAAAGAUAGUUCGUGAUUUGCGUGACAUACGGAUCGGAGAUUCGCGUUAUGUUCUUCCUCCUUCAUUGUUAACAUUGGAGAAACAGGUGAAAUACGCCACGUGCAACGUCGACGAUGCACCGCUUAUAAAUAAUCCAGCAACCGACAUAGCCGAAACUCAACGCACGACCCGAGGUCAAGGCGACACGCACCAGAUUAAUGCGACAAUUCUCGAAUCAGUGAUUGAAUCGACGGAACCGGUGAAGUUGAUUCGAAAGAAGAAGGAAGGAGAAGCGACUAACGAGGCGACCAACGUGUCAGUUGAUUUAUUACAACAAUUGAUUGAAGAUUUAGAGAACAAAACAGUCUCGACUUCCUCUAAGGACGAUGCUCCUUUAGACUCGGUCAGUAAGGAAUGCAUUUCCGUUUGGGAGGAGAAAGAAGAACAAUUUAUUAGGACUAUCGAAGGCAAUGUUAACACCAGACAUGAGACUACAACGGGGACUCUUCAAGGUAGCGAAUCAAACAGUCGCUUCCACAUUAUCAAAUUGAAGCACGAUGAAGAACUGAGGUCUUACUCAAGUCAACAUGUGGCGUCCACCUCGAGGGAAGCCGACCUCGAACAAGUUCAGAUCGAGAAACGUGGAUCAAAUUCGUUAUCAUCGUUGAAACCAUCGUGCGAUGAUGACAAGAAGACCAUAGAUCAGAUACUACCCAUCGAUGACGCAGAGAAGAGAAAAACGUUCAAUGAAGCGAUAACGAAAAAGAAGAAGAAGAAAGGCUUUGGCAGCCGACUGAGGAAACUCUUCCGUGCCACCUUCGGCCAUCAGAAGAAUUGAUGCUGGAUUCCGGAAGGAAAAUGCUACCUCACGAUCUACGUCAAAUGACGCCGAUUCUCUUCGUUUGCUCGUACAGCUUUUUAGUCUUGUAUUUUUUAGAGGGAAACACGCCCACGAAUACAUAGCGAGUAAAAAUAACCGGUAGCGUAAUCACUGGCCGUGGGUCUUCAGCAUCCAACAUGACUUCGGUGCAACGCGUGAAUCAGACUCUAUACAUUUCUAGAUGGUAAUAGCAAACAUUGUACACAAACUCGCAAAAUUCUGUAAAAUAUAUAAUGUUUGAUGAUCUCAUAAUGCGUGUCACAUUCUUUAGUUUAAACACUUUAAGUGAUUCAGUUUAGAAAUUGAUAUAUGUAGAGACUACUAGUGAUAUCGAAGUUUGCAGAAUAUAUUUUUGCUUGAUGCGUCCAUCGCGCGGACACUGCAGAUCUGGCAAUCUGACAUAGGAAUGUCAUCGUCGUCGACGUCGAAGUCUCAUUUAUCGCAAUAAGAAAAGACAUUCGCCAACUCUCGCCUCUCUCUCGUCGCUUCUCGAACUGUUUUUGGAUCGCGGUGUUGCCAUGCCCCGGCGUCGUCGAUCCGGACCGAAAC